UGGAUUUCUCUGGCUCGUGGAGCAGAGAAAAACCCAUCUGAAGGCCGAUCGGAAGCAGCACCGGGCCAAAAGAUGGACAAGUUUCGCACACUGCUGGACUUCUGCCUUACUCACCAGAAGGCUCUGGGCUAUGGGGCGGUGUCUCUGCUGACUCUUGGCAGCGAGCGCAUCUUUUCUGUUGUGGUGUUCAAAUGCCCGUGCAACUCCUGGAAUAUGCUCUACGGCACUGUCUUCUUGCUGGUGCCCGCUCUAAUACUGUUUCUGCUCGGCUUGCUAGUCAGUAUCCGGUCCUGGAAGGUGCUCACCGGAUGCUGUGCCCCAGGCCAGCUGUGUAAGCGUCCUCACGGGGGCCGCCUCUGGCGCUCCUUGCGAGUGCUGUGGCUGGUGGUGGUUGGGGCUGCUGUCGCUCCUUUCACGUGGAUUGCUGUGGCUUUACUGGGAGGUGGUUUCUAUGAAUGUGCUGCUACUGGGAGCCCAGUACUGCAGCGGUACAUGUGCAAAGACGAAGAGGAAAAGUGCAUCAAGGCAGUGCUUCAAGCGCCCUGUCAGGGCACCUCUUCUCCCCAGGAGAUCUACGAUAUGCUCAUGCAGCUCCGAGCACAGUCUCAGGUGGCAGGAUGGCUUUUGAUUGCCAGCGUCUUCACAUUGGCUGUCUUUGCCACCUGUAUCUCCCGCUGCCGUUCCCCCGUCAGUAUUCUUCAGCUUGCCUUCUGGAAAAUGUACACGGAGAAAGAGCAGCAGCUUUUUGAGCUCAAGGCCAAAGAACACGCUGCUCAGUUGGCGGAGAGGAAUAUCAACUGCUUCUUUGGCUGUGCUGAACUGGCACCGUUUGACACCCCGAGCCUCAAAGACUGGCAUGGUGUUUCCUCCCUAUUUGCUUUUAAUCCUGAAGAACAUUACUACAGUAUGAUACAUAAGUAUGUUGCCUUCAAAACCAGAGGUGGCAGCAUUCGAUCCGCCGAAGGGGAUCAAUUUCCUACUUGUCUGACAUUUGUGGAUGGUGCUGGAGCUGGUGAGACUCAAGUGUUAUAAUGGAAUCUAUGUUUUUGCAAACCAGCCUCCAUCAUAAAAAGAUCUGUAACUGAGUAUGGUGAUGUGGU